AAAACCAUGUUAGUAGUGCCUGAUUGCUUAAUCAUAUGAUUAAAGAUAAACAAAGUAUAUUAUCAGAUAUUUUGUUGUCAUCCAUUUUAAAUGUUUACAAUUGUUCUUAAACAAUGUUAACAAUUGUUCUUCUUUGAAUAUUUAAACAUUAAAUUUUAUAUAAAACUUUAAAAUAACAGUUAUACUACUUACCAACUACAUACUGAAUAAAAUCUAUAUUUAUUGUUGUUAUAUUCCCUAAUAUUACUACAAAAUUUGUUAUACUUAAGUUAACGAAACUAUAUAAAGAAAUAUUCAUUAAAGGAAUGUGAAAUUAUAUAAAAUGUUGAGAUGAUCAUUUGAUACUUCUAAAUUGUUGAGAAAAACAUUAAGCAGUGACCAAAAAGUUUUUCAAUUGACAAAGGGGAUUCCUCUAACCAGUAUGAAAAUGGAACAAGAAUACAUAUGUCUACGUAAAGAAUUCUUAUCAGUUGCUGAAGGUCAUGUUAAUAAAAUUGCAUUAAAUAUACUUAAGGAAUACUAUAAGCAAUCUGUAGAUUCAAACCGUAAACUGAGUCAGAUUAAAGAUUUAUCAACAUUAUUGGACACAUUGGAAAAACGUGAUGUUCUAAGCUAUUAUAAUGUGGAACCACUUCUAUAUAUAUCAAAUAAUUUUUUAAAUGAUUUUCAAAUACAAAGCAAAUUAAAGAAUUAUCAAAUUUAUAUUCAAAACACGCAAUAUCCUUUAUCACGUAAUAUGUAUCAGGAAUCAAAUGAGAAUAAAGAUGAAGAUAAAUGUAAAAUAUCAUAUGUAACUGAAAACAGAUCAUCACAAAUAAAAGUAUUUGAUGAUGUGGAAAAUCAAUCAACAGUACAGUAUAAAGAUCUUGAAAGCAGUCAUCCUACACAGGAAGCUAUGUUACAACAAAUGAUAUUAUCACGCAUAAGUGAAAGAAUUGGUCGCUCUUGGAGAGAUACCCUCAGAUAUUUACAAGUUCCUGAAUACCAAAUUGAUAUAAUUCAACACGAACAUCCUUUUCACUUGAAAGAACAGAGUUACAAAGCUUUGAAAUUAUAUAUGACUCAGUAUAGUAACAACAAUUGGAAAAUAAAUUUAAUACAUGCUCUAGAGAAAGCAAGACGCAGGGAUCUGAAGGAAAUUGUUGAGAAACUAAUAUUAGAAUCAAAUAAUUAAUAAUUUAAAGGAAAUUGAAAAUAAAAAAAGUAACAUGCAUAAAAAGUAAUUUAUGUUUUUGAUAUAUUUGUAAGAAAAACUUGGACAUAAUGAUUUUUCAAAUAAUUAAGAGAUAAUAAUAAAGAGAUAAUUUCAAAUAAUUAAAUAUUACUAUGCUAUCUUAAAGUGAGAUAGGUUGCUGUAUUUUGGAUCACCACUUACAAAAGGCAACCUAGUAUGUAGGUUUUUUCAAAAAUCUUGUUACAGCAGUCUUUGUUGUUCAUAUAAGUAACAUUGAAGAAGAUGUACAUAGAAAAACUAUUCAAUCAAAUGUUGGGAUAUUAACUGUAAUUGAUGUAUGCUAUAUUUUAAAAAUACAGCAGCCCAUAUAUUUUUUAUAAUCUAUUUUUAAAUUAUACAUUAUACUGAUAUAAAUUUUAUAUCAAUAAUAUACAUCUAUCCCAAUAUACAUAUUUAUUAGCUAUUGAUCAGAGAUUUUACUAAGAAAAUAUUUAGUUAUGAUAAAAAUGUAGAUUUUAAACAUUCUUCAUUAAAUUUUUCUUUUAUUUAUUUG